AUGUCACAGUUGAUUUUGGAUCAAAUGGCAGAAGCUGAUUAUGACAGUCUGUUCAAUGAUUUUGUUGAGUCUGAGUUUUUUCUGAUUGAUGGAGACUCACUGCUGAUGACAUACAUCUGUGAGAAAUCCUUGCAGCCUGAACAGGGCCUGCACUUCUUUUACCUGGUUGAAUGCUACCUUGUGGAUCUAAUUAAUAAAGGAGGACAGUUUGCCGUCGUUUUCUUCAAGGAUGCUGAGCAUGCAUACAACGACAUCCCUGAAUUUCUUCCUCUGAGAACAGCGUUGAUUCUCCACCUUGAGCAUAAUACCGACAUUGAUGUUCGAACGGACUUUUCUGGGUGCUUCUCACAAGAGUGGAAAACUUUCUUGGAAGACAGUUACCCAUAUUUUCUGAUCGUUGCCGAUGAAAGCCUGAGCCGUCUACAAGUACACCUUUUCAACUUUUUAAUCAUUCAGUCCUGGGCAAUGAAGGUUAAUGCCGUGCUCUUCUCGGGCCAAGCAUCCGAUGUCCUUCGACUUUAUGCGUACUUUAUGCCGAGCAAGUACAAAAUCCAGAUGUUUUUCCAGAAGAAUGAAAAGAACAUUGAGAAUGCUUAUAAAACCCUGAUUAAGCAACUGGAGGAAUGUAGAGUUUUAGCAUUAGGACAUCUUUUUGGAAAUUUAAAAUGGAAAAAUAUGAUGGAAGAGGCAUGUGAAACUAUUUCUCUGCUUAAGCAACUGUGGCCGGAAGGAUCUGACAUUCGGCAAGUUCUUUGUGUUACUUCGUGCUCCUUGUCUUUGAGUUUAUACCAUCACUUUUUAGAAAACAGGAACUACCCCACCCUGGAGGGGGUGACAGAUUGGUGUAGACUGCACUGUCUCGGCGUGGCAUUUCUCCUCCACUUACCUCUUUCCCAAAGAGCAUGUGCCAGAUUCAUCACUUCCCACUGGAUUAAGGACAUUCAGACUUUCUUAACAAUGAAAAAGUGGUGUGAAUACUUCAUCCUAAGUAAUAUAGACGUUUUUGAAUUUUGGAAUCUGAAUUUAACUCACCUUUCCGACUUAAGUGAUGAGCUUUUAUUGAAGAAUAUAGCAUUUUACUAUGAAAAUGAAAGUGUUCAAGGGCUACAUUUGAAUUUGGGAAAUGUCAUUAUGAAAGAUUAUGAACAUCUCUGGGAUACUGUAUCAAAGUUGGUCACAAAGUUUGAUGUUGGAAAGCCAUUUCCUCUGAGAACAGAACAAUUUCCUUUUCUUAAAAAGGAUCCGUCACCAAUCAAAGAUACCUCCAAGGAAAAGAUGGCUAAUUUGGGUUUUAUUCCAGUGUCAUGUCAGGUGGUUGAUAAGUUUGCUGGGGACAUUUUGAAAGAUUUGCCUUUCCUAACGAGCGAUGAUCCUAUUGUAACUUCACUGGUCAAGCAGAAAGAAUUUGAUGAGCUUGUGCACUGGCAUUCCCACAGACCCCUUAGUGAUGAUUAUGACAGGACAAAGGGUCACUUUGAUGAAAAAUCUAGAGAUCCUCAUCAUCUUAGAUCUGUGCAAAUGUAUCAUCGUUUUCAACGAUUUUAUGGGAAUUCAUUAGAAUCAGUCUCUUCAAAAUUUGUUGUACCUCAAGCUAUCAAGCCAAGGAAGAAUUUCUGUGAACCCAAGAGCAAAAAGAUACAGGAGACCAAGGCUGAAAAAAUUACUAGAGAGAAUAAGGAGAGGCUAUUUGCCAAGGAAGAAGAAAAAGAAGAGAAAAAAUGGAAUGUUCUGUCCUUUUCUAUUGAGGAGGAAAUGAAAGAGAAUUUAAACUCCGGAAUAAAGAACCUAGAAGAUUUUUUGAAAUCAUGUAAAAGUAGCUCAGUGAAAUUUCGAGUUGAAAUGGUGGGGAUUACUGCCUGCUUGAGAGCGUGGAAAGAACAUUGCUGUGGUGUAGGUGAAACCACAAAAGAUUUAAGUAUAGCUGUUCAAAUGAUGAAAAGGAUCUACUCCGUGAUGGAAAAAUACCCAGGACUUUUGCAAGAGGCAGAUCGGCAACUCAUAGCCAGAUGCCUUAGGUACUUAGGAUUUGAGGAGUUGGCAAGUUCUUUGCAUCCAGUGCAGGUCACAGGAAAUGACGUAAAGGAGGGGAAGGGGAAGAACAAAUACUCGGUUGGCGUCGGGCCAGCUCGGUUUCAGCUGCAGUACAUGGGCCACUGUUUGGUACGAGACGAGAGGAAAGAUCCAGACCCCAGAGUCCAGGACUUUAUUCCUGACACCUGGCAGCGAGAGCUCUUGGAUGUCGUGGACAAGAAUGAGUCUGCGGUCAUAGUGGCCCCCACGUCCUCAGGGAAGACCUACGCCUCCUACUACUGCAUGGAGAAGGUGCUACGGGAGGGCGACGAUGGGGUGGUCGUGUACGUGGCCCCCACCAAGGCCCUUGUCAAUCAGGUGGCAGCAACUGUUGAGAAUCGUUUUAACAAAAAUCUGCCAAACGGUGAAUCUCUGUGCGGUGUUUUUACACGGGACUAUCGUCAUGAGGCUCUAAACUCUCAGGUACUUAUCACAGUGCCUGCCUGCUUUGAAAUUCUGCUGCUAGCUCCGCAUCGCCAGGCGUGGGUGAAAAGGAUCAGAUAUGUUAUAUUUGAUGAGGUCCACUGUCUUGGUGGAGAAAUUGGAGCAGAGGUCUGGGAGCACCUCCUUGUCAUGAUCCGCUGUCCCUUCCUGGCCCUUUCUGCUACCAUCAGCAACCCGGAGCAUCUCACCGAGUGGCUACGAUCCGUAAAACAGUACUGGAAACAGACAGACAGUAUGAUGGAAAAAAAUUCUGCUUCUUCAAGAAAUGCCGGCUGCCGCGCCAGUUCUCACCGAGACUGCUUACUGAUGAAACAGUCGUAUAAAGUGAGACUUGUGCUCUAUGCAGAGAGAUACAAUGAUUUAGAGAAGCACAUAUGUUCAGUAAACAAUCAUGACAUCUCCUUUGACCAUUUUCACCCGUGCGCUGCGCUGACCACGGACCAUAUUGACAAGUUUGGAUUCCCUUCUGAUCUUACCCUUUCACCUCGAGAAAUGAUCCAGCUUUAUGAUACCAUGUUUGAAUUCUGGGAAGGUUGGCCCAGGGCUCAGGAGUUGUGUCCAGAGGAAUUCGUUCAUUUUAAGAAUAAAAUAGUCAUUCGAAAGAUGGAUGCUAGAAAGUACGAAGAGAGCUUAAAGGCAGAACUGACGGGCUGGGUGAAGAGCCGGCACGUCAAGGAGGGAAUUAUCACACGUGCCAGAAUGGUCCUGAGGAAUCUCCGUCCUCCUUCGGUUGUUAGUUCAGAAAACAUGGCAUUUAUGUUUCCACGUCUUGUUGAAAAGCUGAGGCAAAUGGAGAAGUUACCUGCACUGUUUUUUUUAUUUAAUUUAGGGGCUGUAGAGAGAAGCGCUAGAAAUGUGAAAAGGUUCCUAGUGAUAAAGCAACAGAGCAGAAUGCCCCUCAAGGCUGAUAAGGAGGCCUACGACAUGGAGAGAAAACUUCGAAAAGUUAGAAAAUCCCUUGAGACACAGAAGAAAAUUCUCCUCAAGGUUUUUGAGAAGAGCUUGGAGAUCCCUCAGGACUGCACAUAUGCAGAUCAGAAGGCCAUAGAUGCUGAGGUGAGCCCUUAGGAUGGAACUUUGAAGAGGGUGUUUAACCGAGUGAAAUUCUCAAGGAAAGGCGCCGAACUGAAGGCUUUGGCAGCAAGGGGGAUUGGAUAUCAUCACAGCUCUUUGGACGCCAAAGAAAAGCAGUUAGUUGAGAUUCUUUUUAGGAAAGGAUUUAUUAGGGUGGUGACCGCUACGGGGACACUGGCUUUAGGAAUCAACAUGCCCUGUAAAUCUGUGGUUUUUGCUCAAAACUCGGUCUACCUGGAUGCUUUAAACUACAGACAGAUGUCUGGACGGGCCGGACGACGAGGCCAAGACCUGGGGGGAGAUGUGUAUUUCUUUGGUAUCCCACUCCCUAAAAUCGAAAAGCUCAUCAAAUCCAAUGUCCCUGAACUGAGAGGGCAGUUCCCUCUCAGCAUAUCCCUGAUCCUGAGACUCAUGCUUCUGGCUUCCAAGGCAGAUGACCCUGAGGAUGCUAAGGCAAAGGUGCUGUCGGUGCUCAAGCACUCACUGCUCUCCUUCAAGCAGCCCCGGGCACUGGAGAUGUUGAAACUGUACUUUCUGUUCUCCCUGCAGUUCCUGGUGAAGGAGGGCUAUUUAGAUCAAGAAGGUAAUCCUACAGGCUUUGCUGGACUUGUGUCACAUUUGCAUUAUCACGAGCCUUCUAAUCUUGUUUUCGUCAGUUUUCUUGUAAGAGGCCUUUUCCAUAAUCUCUGUCAGCCAACCGGGAAAGGCUCAAAACAUUUUUCUCAAGAUGUUAUGGAAAAGCUAGUGUUAGUAUUGGCAAAUCUGUUUGGCAGAAAAUAUCUUCCAGCAAAGUUCCAAGAUGCUACGCUCAAGUUUUAUCAAUCCAAGGUGUUUCUGGGGGAUCUCCCUGAGGACUUCAAGGCUGCUCUAGAUGAGUAUAACACAAACGUGACAAAGGACUUUGCCUCUAUCCUACUGAUUGUUUCCAAACUGGCUGAUAUGAAACAAGAACAUCAGCUCCCAUUGUCAAAAAUAGAUUUCUCAGGUAAAGAGUGUGAAGACUCACAACUUGUGUCUCACUUGAUGAGCUGCAAGGAAGGAAGAAUAGCCAUUUCUCCGUUUGCCUGUCUCUCUGGGAACUCUGAUGGCAAUUUGCUUCAUCUAGAGACUUCAGACCAUGUCACUCUGCGCACCAUUGGCAUUGAUAGCACUCGGGCUCCUGUGCUGUGGCCACAGGAAUUUGAUCUCCAAGGAAGAAGAAUGCAGCUCAAUGCUUAUGCGCUCGAUUUCUAUAAACACGGUUCCUUGACAGGAUUGGUCCAGGACAACAGGAUGAAUGAAGGAGCUGCUUAUGAGUUGUUGAGAGAUUUUUGCCUCACCAUUCAAUCUAUCAGUGUUUCUUUGCGUGAACUAUGUGAAAAUGAAGAGGACAACGUGGUCUUAGCAUUUGAACAACUGAGUGAAACCUUUUAUGAAAAAUUUAAGAACAUUUGA